UUUUUUCCUGAGUCAAAUAAAGUAAAACCAAAAGCUAAAUUCUUACUUCACUGGAAAGAAACAAAACCAACUAGAGCCUACAAUUUGUCUGCUUCCAUCUUCCUCCUGUCUGAUCUCUCCUCCCAGCUGAGAGCGAGCUGACUCAGUGAGAGGAAAUGAGUCAGGAAUCGUUCAUAUACAGCUUUGUGGCCAGGGGCACAAUGAUCCUGGCCGAGUACACUGAGUUCACCGGCAACUUCCCGGCGAUUGCGACUCAGUGCCUUCAGAAACUGCCGUCCUCUAACAACAAGUUUACCUACAGCUGCGAUCACCACACCUUCAAUUUUCUCGUCGAGGAUGGCUAUGCGUACUGUGUGGUUGCCAAAGACUCUGUUGGCAAACAGAUAUCUAUUGCAUUUUUGGAACGAAUGAAAGCUGACUUUAGAAAAAGAUAUGGGGGUGGUAAAGCAGAUACGGCUAUUGCCAAAAGUCUUAACAAGGAAUUCGGACCAAUAAUGAAAGAGCACAUGAAGUAUAUUAUCGAUCAUGCAGAAGAGAUUGAAAAGCUAUUGAAAGUGAAGGCUCAGGUUUCAGAAGUUAAAAGUAUAAUGUUAGAGAAUAUUGACAAGGCUAUUGAUAGAGGGGAAAACCUGACUGUUCUUGUUGACAAGACUGAAACCCUUCGUUCUCAGGCCCAAGACUACAGAAGUAAGGGGACACAAAUGAGAAGGAAAAUGUGGUAUCAAAACAUGAAGAUAAAGUUGGUCGUUUUCGGAAUCCUGUUACUUCUGGUCUUGGUAAUCUGGGUUUCUAUUUGUCAUGGAUUUGACUGCACAAACUAGUAAUAAUUAGGCACAAAGCUUUGCGUUCAAAUUAUACCAUACAUGGGCUUCAACUCAACUUGUGUUGAAGAGGAAGGGAGGAAGGGAGGGAGGGAGGGAGGG